AUGGCUGGACAAGGACCAACUAUGAUAGUUCUACAAGCUAUCCGAUGGGCAAUCUCUGCGUGGGGCCUUGAUCUUUCUGACGAUACUAUCAGGAAGUGCUUCAAGAAUGCUCUAUCUACAGGUGCUAUUGAGGGAACCUGCAACCAGCAACCUGUCAAAGAGAUCGAGGUUGGACUUCCACAUCUACAGAUCUCCAACAGCGUUGUUAAUGUCAUGGAUAUCCAUAGCUUUCCGAAUCCCACAGGCGAGGAGAUCAACGAUGAUCUCGUGAAUACUGAUUUCAUUGUUCUCAAUCAGUUCGCCACUGCCGAAGGGCCGGAGGAGGACGAGGAGGAGGACGAUGACAUUGAGUGGGCCCAACCUCCUCCACUGAUAUCAAUCUCGGAAGCGUUAGACGGCCUCUACAAUCUUCGACUAUACGAAGAAUAUCGGGUACAGGAGAUAGAGACUUUAUGA